UAAAGCGUCAUGGCAACCGGAGGAGGUACCGUAGGCUGGGGCGUCGACACCCCAUUCUCUGGUUAGUGUGGGCGAUUCGCAUCUCCUGUACGCACAUCAAUGGUCUUUUGCACCGGCCCACUUUCAGACAGUGAUAUGACACCAGUUCGAACAAAUCGCGCGUGGCUGAGAAACUUACAGCAUUGGAAUCCUGCCAUCAUAUUUGACUGAAGCACAUGGAAACACUAUCAGCAGUAAAACAUCAAACUGAAAGGCUUACGCCAACAACCAAAUUCUAUUUUGCCUCAUUACAUUCUAAAGAAACUCGUGCAAGAAACAGCGUGUACAGUUAACAGUAGGCCCAUCAGGCAGCCUUCAAUCUGCAAACGCAGAAGCCAUGGCUACUGUUGCAGGACUGGAUGGGGUGCUGGGCUACCUCGGUAUCCCACACCCUUGUGUCACUGUCCAUCUCCUCCUCACACUAGGAAUGUUAGUGUUAGGCUUGGGGUCACCGGAGAUAUCAACACUGCUCCCCAUUCCUCUAUACAGCUGCUGGGGUGGCCUCACUCCAAAAAACCUAUAUAGGGUGUGCAAGAAUGUGGAGCUGCUACCAGAAACACUCAUUGAUGAUAAUCGUACGAUACUAGAGUGUACUUAUCAGAAAUGGCAGCCGUUCUCCUUCCCUGGCAAUGUAUUGGUGGGGAUGAGAGUAGCGAUAGUGCUGAUAGCAGGACUGUGUAUGGACAUAUUUGGGAGGCGGAGAUCAGCUGUGGCUUGGAUGGGCCUGUAUUUUGUAGUGUCAUUUGCCCGAGCUUUUCCUCCCAAUGCGGAAUCUGUGGUGUUCUGCGUCACCUUGGAAGGAGCUGCUGCCCAGGCCACCAGUAUUGCCCUACUAAUGCUGGCUACAGAGGGCAGUACACAGACAGAGUGUGUGCGGUCAGUAUGCCUGAUGUUACUGGGCCAUGCUAUUGGAGUUGGAGCUGGGACCCCUCUAAUUAGGACAUUUAUACCAUCUGAUGUUUAUUCACAGAUGGCUCGGAGCCUGCCAUCUUUGGCUUUUGUAAUAUUUAUCAUAAUGUUGCCAGAAAGUGCACGGUGGUCGGUGUGUCGAGGUCGUAUCCAUGAAGCCACUAUAAUAUUAAAGAAGUCACAUCAUAUGUCCUUUGACCCUACUAUGAAGAACAAGCUAUCAGCUCUUCAUAAAGAGCACAAGCAAUCACUAGCCCAAUAUAAUUGUUCUGGGCAUGCUUUACGAGAGAGCUUGCAACCUCUGGUGAAGUCUGGACGACUCUUCCUAGUGUUUUUUGUGUUUCUUAUAUGCGGUUUAGCACUUGGAUGUGCUGCUAGUGCCCGCCACCUUUUUGAUCCUACUCCCUACAACAGUUUUGAAGAUCGACAAGUGGCAUUUGGAGCAGUUGAAUUCAUAUCGUUGUUACUCAUGGGACUGAUAGUUACACGUCUCCAUGUUAAGUGGGUUUUAGUCUCACUUAUGUCAAUUCUCUCUGUUGCUCUACUUUUAACUCCAGUACUUAAACAAGCUUCACUAGACACUUGUGGAGGAUUUGUCUUCUUCUCCUGCCUUGGUCAUACCUCUGUCGUCCUUGCCAGUGUGUGGAUGAGUGUUGGAGUUAUACGCCUUACUCCCACACACUCCAGAGGACUUGUCCUUGGCUCAACAUUUUGCAUGGCAACACUUGGUCAUGCUCUUGUACAUCUGGAUCUAGUGUCAAUAUUUCUUUCAUAUGGGUUGUACUUAGACGAGUAUGCGGAGCUGGGUAUAUGGGCAAUAGUAACAUUUGUGGCUGGCUUGUUGGCGCUUCUGCUACCAAAGACUCCUUCAAGCUUACCUGACACCCUUUCGCAUAUUAUGCUGAAGCCAGUUCGACAAGGUAAAACAACUGCUGUUAACAGAUGUAAUCAUCACAAGAACAGCAUUAAUACAAACAUGUAA